AAGUGAUGCACUAGAUGUGGAUGAAUCACAAGCUGCAGACUCAGAGAAAGGAGAGCUUCUUACUGAUGAAAUAAAGCUUGAAGAACAAGAGAUAAAAAGUGGUAGUAAAAGCGAUUCAAAAGGAGAAAUUCAACUUGACUCUGAGGAAAAUUCUGGCCAACAGAAAACUGAAAGUGAAGGGAGUGGUCAAAGGGAAGUUGAUCCGGAUGAACCAGACGAAGAGUCUGAACUUGAAAAGAAGAGUAAGUUAUCCAUUUCAAGGCGAAGCACAGUGAACAAACUAGAGACAGGAAUAGCUGCAGAAUCUGAACACUAUCAGAUAUCAAAAGUUACUGAGUCUGAGGAUAUUCCAAGAUUAUCAGUUAAAAGGAGUAGUGAAGACAAGGAACCACAGGCAGUAGCAUUUACUGAAUCAGAUGAUAUACCAAGAUUAUCUGUAAAAAGGCGUAGCACUGACCAACAACAAGAGCAGGCAAUUGCAACUGAAUCUUAUGAUAUACCAAGGUUAUCUGUAACAAGGCGUAUUGUAGACAAGGAACCGAAGCCUGCAGAAGCUACUGAAUCUGAUGAUAUACCUAGAUUAUCUGUAACAAGGCGUAGCAUAGUCAAGGAAUCAGAUCAGGCAAUAGCUACUGAAUUUGAUGAUAAACCAAGGUUAUCAAUAGCAAGGAGUAGCACAGACAAACAACAGCCAGUUACAGCUACCAAAUUUGAUGAUAACCCAAUAAUAUCUAUAAUAAGGAGUAGCGAAGAUGAGGAAUCAGGGAAGGCAAUAGCCAAUGAAUCUAAUGAUAAACCAAGAUUAUCUGUAACAAGGGGUAGCACUGACAAAGAAUCAGAGCAGAUAAUACCUUUUGAGCCAGAUGAGAAACCAAGAGUAUCUGUGACAAGGAGCAGCACAGACAAGCAACGGCCAUCAAAUUCUACCAAUUCUGAAGAUAAACCAAGGCCAUCUGUAGCAAGGAGUAGCACUGACAAAGAACAACGGAAAACAAGCACAGAAUCUGAUGGUAGACCGAGGUUAUCUGCACCAAGAGGAAGUGUGGUCAAGGAACAAACAGUAAGGAGAAGCAUCAUAAAACAACAAGAGCAAGGCAUUGCUCAGGACACCAGAAGGGUUUCGGUAAAUCAGAGAACCUCUGUUAAAAUACAGGAGCUAGAAGAAGAAGAAACAGAACCUAAAAGAAGUAGUCUGUCUCUUGAGCGUAGGAGAAGCAGUCUCAGGCCACCAGAGAGUAAACCUGAUGUCCCGUCUGGGAGUAAAGGUUUUUUAUCUGAUUUGAGGCGUAGCACACUCAAAGUGCCGAGUCAGGUCAAAGAACUCUUGUCUGAACUUAAGUCUAAAGUUACUUCAAGAGCCCACGGAAGCGUGGAGGACCACGAAGAUCAAGAAAGAGGCAGCACAUCUGAGCUGAAAAGAUUGUCCAAAGGCAGUUUUACCGGUAAAUCCAAAGAAGCGCUUGCUAGUACAUCUAACAACCAGGAUUUCCAGAGAAAAAAAUCUUCAGUGACCGAGGACGAAAAGAGUAGAAAACCCUCAACAAGCAACGCCAGGCCUGCAAAGGGCAAGGCAGUUGAACAUUCUGAUACACAGGAAAUCUCUCAAUCUUCAGCAAAGAAGAAGUGCAGUGACAGCAGUUCGGGCUGUGACAUAAUGUCUGAUUUCUCUGAUGAAGUUGCAGACAUGGCAGACUCUAUAUUGGACAGUUUUGUCGUGCUAGAGUCCGAGCCAAGCAGCUCACUUGACAUAGCGUACGAGAGGAUUUUCGGGGACAUCACAAAAGGCUCAGCUCUCAAACAGUUUGUCGUGGGUGGUGGAACUGGAUGGUAAGAUAUUUAUGGAACUCAGAGAUUUUUAUACUUUAAUCUACUGGUUUAUCAUUAUGCAAAAUCCAUUGUCGGAUUAAUAGGCUAUAAAAGACACUUACAUUAUGCACUCAAACAAUUGAAGCAUUUUUUUAAAUUUUUACAAUGUCUGCUUUAAACAUUGGGAAAAGAAACUUCAGGACAGGAAAUACUAAAUAACCAACGAUGCCAUGCUGGAUUUAAAUAUGAACUAAAAUUUUUAAUAUGAUAAGACAUGUUUAGCAAAAUUAUUUUGGGAUAAAAUAAAAUUUAUUUUAAAAUCCCCGGUAUGUAAUAAUAUAUUUAAUAUCUUUUUUUUUUAAAAAUCAAAGUCAUGGAAGCCCUACAGUGUGAAUUCAAAAGUUAUAUUUUUAAAAUCCCAAAAUUUUGUGAACAAUUAUUGAAUAAGGAAAGUCAUAACCAACUAGGAAUUCUCUUAAGGAAAGUCAUUACCAACUAGGAAUUCUCUAAAAAUAUAAUAUAUUUAAAUAUUUUUUUUUUUUAAUUGAUAACCAACAUCUAAUAAAUUUAAGUUCUACUUCAGAAUACAUUUUUAGUGCGGAAUUUCUUUCCAUGAAAACAAAAUUUAUUUAAUUUUAAAUAUUUAUCAUUCAGGUUUGCAGGUUACCUCACUCACAAAGUUGGGAAAAUUGCUGUGAUUACAGUGGCAGGAGCACUUAUUGCAGUGCAGGUUUGGCAGUGAUGCAUUUGAACAUACUUUUAUAAACAUUCAGUUUUAUGUUCAAGCAAUGGUAAUAGACAAUGUCUCUGACAACUGUCCAAGCAAAUUAGCUUACAAAUAUUUUUUAUCUGCAUAUGUUUAUAUUUCAUAGUUUUGUCACUGUUCCACUUUGCUUUUUUUCAGAUUGCCCAGUACAACGGUCUCAUCAAGGUCAACUGGACCAAGGUCAACCGUGCACUGACAAAAGUUCGAGCCAGGGCCAGGGCGACCAUGCUAAGAAAUCGGCAGAGGCUCUCAGAGAGGGUGAGCGUGGAUAACUUGCUGCAUGCA